AUGGAGAUGAACGAGGAGACCGUGGCCGCUCACAAGCGGGCCUUCCUGGAUUUCCUGGAUCAGGAUGUAUGGUCUUGUCUCCAUCAGUCUUUCUCUCCGUGUCUCAUUGCCGCCCUCUUCGGCGAUUUUAUGCUGAUGGAGAUCUGUUUCUUCGUGGUUCAUGUAGAUCGGUAAAGGGAUCUACAUGAAAGCCGUGAGGGACAUGGUGCAGAAUAAGCGCCGGAGAUUGAUCGUCGGCAUAGACCAUCUUCGUGACUUCAGCCUUGACCUCGCUCGGCGGUCUGAUAUGGAUUUCUGUCCCUUCUCGCAUAGUUUUUUUUUUUGCUCAUCUGAUUUAUGACUCCCUUAUUCGUUAAGAAUUUUCUGUGGUAUUUUCGUCCAGAUUAAUUAGGAACCCUGGAGAAUACAUGCAUUCGUUCUCUGACGCACUGAUGGAGGUCACGCGAAAUGUGGACCCUAAGUAUGUGAAAGAAGGGGAGCGCGUCCUUGUCGGCUUCACCGGACCAUUUGGUUUCCACAGGGUCACUCCAAGGGAUCUCAUGUCGUCCUUCAUUGGCACCAUGGUCUGUGUCGAGGGCAUUGUUACCAAAUGUAAGCUUUUCACGUUCUCGUGAUUGCCAGAUGUUCGUUGCGUUCGAUCUGAGCUAUAAAACAACCAACAACGAAUGUAGAGAAAAUAGUGAAACUGGUUUACUAUUUGGAGUAGUCCCCUUUUAGGUUGCUAUAGAAUGAAAGAUAACAAUAGUAACAGAUCUGCAGGAAAAUAUUAUGAACAAUCCUGGAAAUAAAUGAACCACAAUUACAUCGCGUACUGUCUGUUCGUCAGGACGAUAGGUUGACAAUCGCCUGGCUCGAUUGGCUCAUUUUAUCUUUGAUAAAAUAUGAUGCAUGUUGCCUAUCGUACAAACUUGACUGGAUCUAAUACAUCAGGGUCUAUGGAUUUAUCCAUGAAAAUGGCAUGCAUGCUUCAAUGACUCAAUUCGAGAAAUCUCAGUAUUAUUUCAUAGUUCUAGCAAAAGUUUUGCGAUAACCAUUUGAGAAGAUGAUGUUGUAGUGAAAUGUGAAAGAAUAGUGCAUAGUAUAAUUUACGGCAAAAAUGGACUUUUUUUCGUUUUCUGUGUUGUUGCAUUUGGACAUAACGUGCACGUAAAUAAUCUUUUAUUUCUCUCUUUGCUGAAAGGCUCUCUUGUAAGGCCCAAGGUGGUGAAAAGUGUUCAUUUUUGUCCAACAACUGGUCAAUUCAUGUCCAGAGAAUACAGAGACAUAACAUCUACUGCGGGUUUGCCAACAGGAUCUGUGUAUCCUACAAGGGUAAUUCAUCCAUUACUAGUGCAGAUCAAGAAAAUUGUGCUUACAGGAACCCAUUAUCUAAUGUUUAAGAUGUAAAUUUUGUCAGGAUGACAGUGGAAACCUGUUGGUCACUGAAUAUGGACUAUGUGAAUACAAGGACCAUCAGACAUUAUCCAUGCAAGAAGUGCCCGAGAAUUCGGCCCCUGGACAGCUUCCAAGGACUGUAGAUGUCAUCGUAGAGGAUGACUUGGUAGAUUCAUGUAAACCAGGAGACCGUGUCUCCAUUGUGGGGAUUUACAAGGCUUUUCCCGGGAAAGCAAAGGGAAGCGUGAAUGGAGUAUUCAGGUAUCUCUAGUUAAACAUUUUGCUUUAUCCUCUGGUGUUUUUUUUUUUAACCAGCCUAACGGAACUAAAUUGUAUGAUGUUUCAUAGGACCGUGCUUAUCGCCAAUAAUGUUUCUCUGCUCAACAAAGAGGCAAAUGCACCCAUCUAUUUACUAGAUGACCUCAAGAAAAUGAAGGAAAUAGGAAAGAGAAAUGACACAUUUGAUUUACUGGCAAACUCACUUGCCCCUUCUAUUUAUGGCCAUUUGUGGAUUAAGAAAGCAGUGAUUUUGUUGAUGCUUGGUGGUGUUGAAAAGAACUUAAAGAAUGGAACCCACCUGAGAGGGUGAAUAUCAGUGCUCGGUUGCCACUCUUGUUGUCUUUUUUUUCUACCUCAGAAACUUUAUUAUUCUCAUGACUGAUAGUCCGCCCUCUUCCUUGUAACAUGCAGUGAUGUAAAUAUGAUGAUGGUUGGCGAUCCUUCAGUUGCCAAGUCGCAGCUAUUGAGGGCAGUCAUGAACAUCGCACCAUUGGCCAUUUCAACCACUGGUCGUGGUUCGUCAGGUGUUGGGUUAACGGCUGCUGUUACUUCCGAUCAGGAAACUGGUAUUUUCUAGCAUUGAAGAUAUCCAUGACGUCCUCUCUUAGUCCUUUCUAGAAAGUCAUAUCGUGCUUGUUGCUUCAGGGGAGAGAAGGCUAGAAGCUGGUGCCAUGGUUCUUGCUGAUCGUGGGGUUGUUUGCAUUGAUGAGUUUGACAAGAUGAAUGACCAAGAUAGAGUAGCAAUACACGAAGUUAUGGAGCAGCAGACUGUGACAAUUGCGAAAGCAGGCAUUCAUGCGUCCUUAAAUGCCAGAUGUAGUGUCGUUGCCGCUGCAAAUCCAAUCUAUGGCACUGUAAGUAGUGGUGAAUCUGAGAACGAUCCUUGACUUAUGAGCCGUCAGUAGUACAGAUGAUUCAUUUAUUAUUUUCACUCGAGUUGAUGCGAAUAUUAGAGCAAACUUAUAUAACAUCAUUAAAUAAUUUUGAUCUGACUAUUAUUUUCUGCAACAGUAUGAUCGCUCGCUUACUCCGACGAAGAACAUUGGCCUUCCUGAUUCAUUGCUUUCCCGUUUUGACUUGCUCUUCAUCGUCCUCGAUCAAAUGGAUCCCGAAAUAGAUCGAAAGAUUUCAGAGCAUGUAACUCGCAUGCAUAGAUACUGUCCUGAUGGAGGUAUGUGCCGCCCUUAAAAUGUUAUUAUUGCAUAUCCUUGAACUGUGAUGACAGAAUUAGUCUAAUCAAAAAGCUUGAUUGGAUAGGGAUUGGCGUGCAUGACAGAAGUUCAAGAUAUGCUGAAGAAGAUGAUGGUGAUGCUGCUGCUGUCUUUGUCAAAUAUGACCGCGUGCUUCAUGGUCAGGAAAGGAAGAGAGGGAAGAGGACAAAGAUAGAGAAACUUACCAUAAAGUUUCUUAAAAAAUACAUCCAUUAUGCCAAGAACAGAAUCCAGCCAAAGCUAACAGAUGAGGUACUUCCCAAGUCUAGGUGUCCUACGAGUUGAACACUUAUCCAACAUUUGCUCAAAAAUCCUGUUUUUUUUUUUGUAAAUCAUUUAUAGUUCUUCUAGUAUCAUCAACUAUGAUGAUUAAUAAAUUCAAAGAAGCAACAAGAUAGCGCUGACUAAAUCUACAUAUUUGCAUAUGUUCAAGAGGGACAAUUAAUGGGGCAAUUGCUGUUUCAUAUUGAUUCUCAGAAACACUUAAUUCUUUUUAUUUUCCUCUCAGGCAUCUGAUCAAAUAGCAACGGCCUAUGCAGAAUUGAGAAAUGGCUCCACAAAUUCAAAGGUCGGUGUAUGAUUUGGUCAACGCUUGAAGAUGACUUCUUCUCGGGUCCUAUGUUCUAUCGAUUUCCUGAUUUUUAUUUUUUAAAAUAAUUUCUUCGUCAGUCUGGUGGGGGCACACUUCCGAUCACUGCGAGAACCCUAGAGACUGUGAUCCGCCUGUCAGCUGCCCAUGCCAAGCUUAAACUGAGAAAUGAGGUGCUGCUUUUUUCUCUAUUCGUCAACGCCCCCGUCCCCGUCUAUUAUAUUAACCUAUUUAGGGAAAAAAAUAUUUUGAAAAGAUACAGUCGAUGUAGUCUGAUCUUCUUUAUUUACUUGCAGGUUCUGAAGGAUGACGUGGACGAAGCUUUGAGGGUCCUGAAUUUCGCCAUAUAUCACAAGGAGCUCACCGACCUGGAAGAGCGUGAGCAGAGGGAGAAGGAGCAGGAAAUGAAGAACAAGUCCGAGAGCAACACCAGCAACGAUCUGGCCGCCGAUCCAGACACCGGUCGCGGCCCAAGGUAUUCUCUUCACCUCCUUUGACUAUUGAGUCAAAGAUGUGGCAUGUGGGUUGAAUUGCUGCUUUUAGUAAUCUAUUUUCUCUCGACUCAGCGUGGCAGACGCAAUGGAAGUGGACGAUCCCGCCGCCGCCGCAGAACCUGAAGAAAUCCCCGCCGAUCGGUGUGUUCUCUUCCGGAUAGCUGACUCUAACUCUGCACAAUUCUCACUGCCCCACGUAAUAUUAUUGUCUUGGAUGUGAUCCCAACCGUAGGAUCGAGACCUUCGAGUCCAUUCUGGGCCAGCAUGUCCUGGCGAACCACGUUGACCAGAUCUCCAUAGCGGACAUUGAGCAGCUUGUCAACCGGGAGGCGCCUGCGCCCUACACCAAGCGCCAGAUAUCAUCCAUCUUGGAGGUCAGCACCUUGGUUUUUAUUUUUAGAAACUAUGUGAAAUAUACUUUCUAUAGUACACAUAAAAUCAUGAAAUAAUAUAGAUGGGGUUUUACUCCACUUAUUAAUCCAGCCUUAUGAACAAAACCAUUUCAUGAACCUAUGUUUCAUGGUUCCUAGGUUAGAACUAUAUUUGAAAAUAAUUGAUAAAAUCAUGACGAGUCUACCCAGGUUUAGUGGCUAUAUUGCCGUAGAUAAAAGACCCAUCUUCGGCAUAGGCUUAAUAUUUAGGAAUAUAUUUAGGAAAAUUAGUAGGAUUAUGUGAUUAGAAUGAUGGGUCUUCUCAAUUUAUAAAUUAUUGCAUGAACUAUAGAGAUGGGUCUGUUCCCCUGUAAAUAAUUCUGCAGAAUCAUGCCAUUUAUCUUAGUUUUUCCAAAGUUCCGGUGGCAACGCUCGAUUUCAUGUUAUCUGCAUAUACAAAAUCAUGCACCAUUUAUCUGUGUAUUUAAGACAAUUAAUAUGAUUAUGUGACUAGAGUGAUUACAUAAAAUCACUAUAUUAUGCAUAAUCAUGUCAUUUAUCUUAGUCUUUCCAAAGUUCACGGUCGCAAUGCUCGAUUUCAUGAUAUCCGAGUAUAGAAAAGCAUGCUAUUUUUCUGAGUCUUUCCAAAGUCUUAUUAACUAUGUUCAAUUUCAUGAAAUCUUUCCCAUUUUUGCCGGCCGCAGAGAAUGCAGGAGGCCAACAGAAUAAUGGUGAGGAAUGGGGUAGUCCGCAUUAUCUGA